GUUGUCCGGAAACACGUGACGCGAGCCGCCGGAUGGGUCGGUCGGUCGGCGGUUGGUAGCAGCAGCUCGAGCGGAGAGUAAAAAAAAAAUCCGGCGGCGGAGGCGACGGCAUCGGUGCCAUGGACAGUCAGGGCAAGAAGGUGGUGGUGUGUGACAACGGCACCGGGUUUGUGAAGUGUGGCUAUGCUGGUUCCAACUUCCCAGAACAUAUUUUUCCGGCCUUGGUUGGCCGACCCAUCAUCCGCUCCACUGCCAAAGUUGGGAAUAUUGAGAUCAAGAAUAACAAAAAGAUGGAUCUCAUGGUGGGCGAUGAAGCUAGUGAACUACGCUCUAUGCUGGAGGUUAAUUAUCCAAUGGAAAAUGGAAUAGUACGAAACUGGGAAGACAUGAAACAUUUGUGGGAUUAUACGUUUGGCCCUGAGAAGCUAAAUGUAGACUCCAGGAACUGCAAGAUCCUUCUGACAGAACCCCCAAUGAACCCAACAAAAAACAGAGAAAAGAUAAUAGAGGUCAUGUUUGAAACCUAUCAGUUUAGUGGAGUGUACAUUGCAAUUCAAGCUGUGUUGACACUAUAUGCUCAAGGUUUACUAACUGGUGUUGUUGUGGACUCUGGUGAUGGCGUAACCCACAUCUGCCCUGUAUAUGAGGGAUUUUCUCUGCCUCACCUGACACGAAGACUGGAUAUUGCAGGCAGGGACAUUACCCGGUAUCUCAUUAAGUUGCUUUUGCUGCGAGGGUACGCUUUCAACCACUCGGCAGAUUUUGAAACCGUGCGGAUGAUGAAAGAAAAACUGUGCUACGUGGGUUACAACAUUGAACAGGAGCAGAAACUGGCCUUAGAGACGACUGUUCUUGUGGAGUCCUACACGCUUCCAGAUGGUCGGGUCAUCAAAGUUGGAGGGGAGCGUUUUGAAGCCCCGGAAGCUCUGUUCCAACCUCAUCUUAUCAACGUUGAAGGUGUCGGAGUGGCUGAACUGCUUUUUAAUACAAUCCAGGCGGCUGACAUUGACACCAGAACUGAAUUCUACAAGCACAUUGUCCUUUCUGGUGGCUCCACUAUGUACCCUGGCUUGCCUUCCCGUUUGGAGCGUGAACUGAAACAACUUUACCUGGAACGUGUGCUGAAGGGAGACAUCGAAAAACUGUCUAAAUUCAAGAUUCGGAUUGAAGAUCCCCCUCGUCGCAAGCACAUGGUGUUUCUCGGUGGAGCAGUGCUGGCGGAUAUCAUGAAGGACAAGGAUAACUUCUGGAUGACUCGACAGGAGUACGAGGAGAAGGGUGUUCGCGUGCUGGAGAAACUCGGAGUGACUGUUCGAUAAACCAAGACACUAGUUCAAACGAUUCCUACUGCUUCCUUUUCUUAAUGCUCAUCUUCUAAAUCAUUCAGCUCUCUGACACGGAUAGGCUUCUUCUGUCUGACUUCCUGGCUCCUUCCUGGUUUAGUUCACUGACUACUAUGCUGGUUUCUUGGCAAAGCUUUGUUAAAUAUUCGUGAUUUCUAAAUUCAAAACCUCCUCAAUCAAUUUGACUGCAAUACAAAACCAAGGCAAAGGGCCCUGCCAGCCUCUCUGCUGCCUUGUUCAUAACUGUAAGCAUUUGGAUAGCUCCUGUAGGCUCUUUCAUUUGCAUCUUUAGUCAUAGGGCUGCCAGCUUUGUCUGCUCACUCGCUCGCUUCCUUCCUUCCUCUAGCACACCGGGUGGUUUGGCAAUUCAGGCUCCAACUUCUAUAUUUUUUAAAAAAAAACACAUUACAAUUGAGUCUCACUCUAACGAACCCCACUUAUACCAAACCCCUGGUGGAGUCCUAUGGCGUAGUGGUUAGCACACUCACCUUGCAAGUGAAAGGACCUAUGUUUGUUUACCAGGCAGGGCAAAACCUUUGGCAAGUUUCCUUACUCCAAACACCUCUACCUAGCAGCAAGUAGGAACCCGGUUGCGAGUCGAAUGGCGGAUUGCUUUCUGUAGGUAAUAAUCCCUACAAAAUGUAAUAAUAAUUUUGUCACUCAAUCCACAACUGUUUGUGGGGCACGGCUGUGUGCUAUUGGCUGCUGUGUUUCACCCACAAAAUAUAGUCAAUUCACUUUACACUAUAUUCUGUGAAGCGCUUUGAGAUGUCUCAACGAUGUGAUGAGAUGCUAUAUCAAAUCCAAGGAUUAUUAUAUUAACAAGACCCAAUUUCUGCACCUUUGUCGACCAAAGCGAACACCUUGAUAUAACAAUCUUUUCUGCCCAUGCCGAGGAGGUUCGUUAUCAUGAGGUUCGACUGUACCACAUGAUUGCAGUGGUAGCAUCAUUGACUGGACGGUUUAUAUAAUGUGGAUUCACCUCCAUGAAGUGGAGACGAGAGUAAAAGUUGUUGCCACACAGUCUCAUCCUUUUUCAAACUUUAAUUAUCGCACUCAGGAUAGACUAUGGCAGUGAUUCAAUAAAUUCAGUUUAUAGAUUUUUUUUUGUUGUGGGAUGUUUAAAUGGUAAACUUUGGCUAACCCGAUUUAAUUUUAAUGUAUAUUUUCUCUUAAAUUGUGAUAUGCAGUGAUAAAUAUUCAGAUACUGUAAAGAGCAACGAAUGUGGCUAUGUGUGUAGAUGCUCUUCACUUGGCUCAAAGCUACAAACACACGCAUCUUGUAAAACCAAAAGGGACCAGGCUCCCUGGUAGAUGUAGCUAUGUUGACUAAAAAAAGAAACCUAUAUAUAUAAUAUGGAAAACACUAGAACUUGCUUAUAAAUUGAUAGAGCUGAUAUUUAAGUUGACGGCGCUCAGUUGUGUCUGAAGCGCUUCUUAUUGAAAUUCAUCAAACAUUAAAAAAAAGCAUAAUCCAGUUA